AUCCGGGCACCCCUAACGGCUAACUCUUUUGAAAAAGGAGUUACAAAUUGUGUAUUUAUAAAAGUUUAGCCAUUCCUUUACCGAAAUAAACCACAUAGCAGAUUCUAGGCGAAUUAUUAUAGCGACAGCCAGCUUCGCUCUGGGCCCACCGACGAUCGACUGAUAUCGGUCGAUAUACAAGGGCGUGAACUCGAGAGCGUUAAUAGUUAACUCUUGUCAUGUGUCUUGUGCCGAGAUGCGAAUCUUAUCAGCAGCCUAUUAAGUCGGACUUUCCCGGCGGGCAGCCGGGGUCACUCAGCGUGUAAUGUUUGUGUGCAGUGAGCGGCCUUGGAAACGUGUGUUUUUGCGAAUAUAAAAAUAUUGACGAUGCAAGGAAAUCAUUCUCUUCAUGUAUUUGGCUCAAAAGUUGCCUCAGAUGUGGAUACCAACGCAUCAAAUGUUGUGCAACUUUUGAAACAGGAACUUUCAGCUUGCCAAGCAGAUAACAAGAAACUAACUGAUCAACUAAACUGUCUCAUUUCUUUGAUCAAGAGGUCAUGGACAGGAGAUCGGCAUGCAACUAUUCAUUUGUCUAACAUUGUUGGUCUUGAGCCACCUAAACAGGGUAUGAAAAAUGACGGGACCAUCGCCCGGCCGAACUCACAGGUUCAAACAAAGACGAAGAAUGAAUGUCACUGGGAGCGAUUUGCCUUGAAGUUAUUGGAAAGAGACUAUCAAGCUGUGCAAGCAGAGAUCAAAGAGUGUCAGCAACGCUACCUGGAGAACCGUCAAUUGUACAUGGAAGCUGUAUUACAAGAUCACCAACAAAGCAUGUCUCGGAUUCCACUUCACAGAAAUACAGAUUCAGCUUUAGCGAUGGAGGACGUUGAUUCCAAAAUCAUCAGGCAUAAUAAGGCUUUACAAAGGAUGGGCGUGUCAAAGUCAAGGAACCCUCGGGCCCAAUCAGCAGUCACUCGGAGGAAACCUUCCUUGGAGGAGACAGUUGAUCAGAUGGAAAUUUCUCUUCGUGAGCUGGUUGGGGAUACACCGUCUAGUAAUCAUUUUGUGACUGCACAGGCACCACGCACCAUAACACCAUGCUCACACAGCCUCAGACGACCCAUGUCGUCCACAAUUCCUGGUCGGCUGCCCAACACCUAUAAUGACCCAACAAGAUACACGCAGAACAACUUGUUUGGCUUAGGCGAGAGUGAUCCCGUUAAGAAGCCACGUCCUGUGAGCGCAUCGAGUUUGCGUGAUGGGGACAAUAUCAGGUCAAGGCCACGCAGCGGGAACAGAGCAAAACCCAACGGUCAACCAGCUUUCAUCACUCAGAGGAAUGAACGACCUCUGAAAUACGAAACUACACGACCUGUCAGCAGCAAACCAAGAUCAGCCAAGCAAAGAAGAAACUCAGAUGGAGUCCCUGUGAAGAGAGUGCAGAUUGACAAGAGGCCAGUCCUGAUCUCACAAACGGACGUCAUCCAUGCCAGCAGUGGGUGGCAAGGGCAGGCGGGGCAGGAUAGUGAGGACAGUUCUUCGCCACAGAGAGGACAAGACAGCCCACACAAAAACGGUGGGCGUUAUUCCCCGCAUGACGAUGGGCCUAACUACGAUCACGAUGGAUUUGACAGUGAAGGUGCAGAUUUUGAGAAUCUUCACUCCAAACCUCCAAUGGCAGUCCGUGUAAAAUCUGCUUCUGUUCGAAGACCAGCUUUCAUCGACGAGUUUGCAAAUGAUGAACAAGCUAUGAAAGACAUGGAGAAUGAUUUCAAGAAGACAGCCUUGUCACUUCAGAAAAAAUUAGGGAUCAAUGAUACUGGAAUUGUUUCUUAUGACUAAUGUGAUGAUAAAGAUGUACCAUAUCACUGUUCAUAUUAAUGUCAGCCCUAUUUUUGUACAACCAGCUGGGUACUCUUAUUCGAGGUCCAUAAGUUACUGUAGCAUUGUUGCAUUGAUGUACUUUGUUAUUCUUAAUGAAAUAAAGUGGCACAUGAGACGUUGUAUUUACUCUGAUAUUGAUCGCCAAAAGAAUAUAAUUUAAAAUCCAAAAUCGAAGGUACACUAUGUACCACCGUUUUACAUGGAGCUCAAUUUUACAAAUUCUUUUUCUUUGUAAUUGAAUCAUAUAUUCUUUUUGAAUAAUACAAUUUGUUAUUAAGUUUUAUAGAAGAAAAUUUUUUUUGAUAUCUUUAAAAAAAAUCUUGUCAUCAAUGACUUACUCUUACCAUGUAUAUGUAAACGUUGAUUUUCAGAAAAGCUGAAAAAAGUAUUGUCUACCAGACAUGCUCAAAAUUUUGUGAGAAAAAAUAUUCUUUUUACAUAUUGUUGUAUAACCAAAUGUAAAUAUAGUCGUGAAUAAUAUAAUUGAGACAAAGUGUUUAGCCUAAUUUGGCAGGCACAUGGUUAAAGUCGGACACAACUUUGUAUUUUGUACAUACGUAGAAUAUCAUUCACAUUCCUUUUUUUUAAAUUCAUUUUUUUUGUCCACUAAGUUUAGAGAAUACUAUAGUUUUAUUGUAUAUAUUUGUUUGCGACUGGUGUCUUUGAUCUAUCACAGCAAGUGUACUGCAACAUAGCAAAUACUUAAUUGAACAUUCUGAGUGAGACCAUUAAGUCGAGAGAAAAUGAGAGAGCGAAGGAAGGGGUGGGCAGGGGGCAGAGAUAAUCAUUUACUCAUCUUCUUUACCUAUUAAAUGUAAUCACAAAGUUCUCAGACUAAGAUUGUGGAGAGUUCACCGAAUUUGUAACGUCCCCUUGAAUCAUGCCCCACUUAGUUUAGAAACUCUGAACAGAUUCAGUCUUUUUUACUUAUCUUUUAUGGGAUUCAUUUUUAGAAAGUGUAUCUCUCCAUUGCAUUUCCUCUUAACAGUUUUAAAUCAAUACAAACACCAGUUUUUCAAUUAUACUUUCUCUUUUAGAAACUAUUUUUUUUAAAAACCUCACAGGGUCAAAGUGUUGGCAUCAGCAGGGAUAAGAGGUUACAAUGGUUGGAUUUAUUGAGCUUGUUUGAACACUUUCCACUGGAAAUGAGGUAUGUGAAUGCUUAUUAUAUUAUAUUACUAUCAUGUAAAACAUUUUCACUUUGGUCUGCGUAUACAAAGGAAUUUGCUGUAUGUGGACUCUGAUAAGACGAUUUUUGAAUAAAUAGUGCCUUUAUUAUGUCUCUUGAGCUCACACACAAAACAGAAGACAAAAAACUGAUAGAAAUAUAGCCGUAGAAUAACUUUAUGUUAUUGGUUAAUUGUUCCGUGUCCUCUUUGAUUUUGAGUUUUUUAUCAGCUUCAGUGUUUUAUGGCACUUGCAACACAAAUAGAUCAUAUAAGUGCUGAAAAUUAGAGGUGUUACCAGAGAGUAACAAACAAAGAAAAGAAGGAAGAGGGAUAAGUAUGAUAGCUGUUUGAUAAAAAAGAAGUAGGAAACCACACCAGAUCACCCACCAACCACCCAUCUUGACGUCAGCUUAACCACAGUUUUCUGUAGUUGCAAUAUGCUGAGUUGCCAACUGGUGAUCCUGAGAAAAAAAACAAUUUUUAGAGUGCAGUGGCUUGAGAUUUUUUUUAUUUGUUCCCUUACGCAAUUGGCUUAGAGUCUCUUAAAGUGUUUAUUUUACUUUGACUUCAGAUUGAUGGAAAAUAAAUGGUUUCAGCACAGUGAAACUAUGCGUUAUUUUAUGUGGUUUCUUCUCAGUUGAAGACUCACUUGCUCAACCAAACACAUACACACACGCACACACACACACACAAUCACAUAAUAAGAGACACAGAAAUAUAUUGCAAACUGAGGUACACACACACCUUUGAUCUUAUACCAUGACAGUUAUUUUAUUGUUUAAUCAAAGUUUAGAGCAAUAUAUUUAAAUGUUUUAGGAAAAAUAAAUACAAUUUUAAAAAAA